AUGGAUCAGGGAAACUAUUCAAGAAUUACCGGAUGCGACACAGGUCUGCGAUUUUCCCGUGUUAUCUAUCUAUCUAUCUAUCUAUAUAUCUAUCUAUCUAUCUAUCUAUCUAUCUAUCUAUCUAUCUAUCUAUCUAUCAUUAACAGAAUAUCGCUCUCUCUUCUCUCUCUCUCUCUCUCUCCCUCUCUCUCACUCACUCACACUUACACACAUGCACACAUUCGCAAGUGGUGUUACGUCCCAGGAGACGGUGAUGCAGCGCAGAGUGCUACAGGUCUGCCUCUUCUCUUCUUUUUUGGUUUGAUUUUCGUGGAAGUGAAUGCGCUUCCGAUACGAUCUCGUGUCUUCCUCUCUUACCAAGUGAUGAUGGCUGAACCCACAUUAAAUGUGGUCACUUUUCUUACACUGUUUAUAUCUCUUCUGUAUGGUCCCGCGUCUCUUUCGGACAGUGUAUACUCUCUUGGUGUUAAUUUCCCUAAGCCUUCUUUCUUUCUUUCUUUCUUUCUUUCUUUCUUUCUUUCUUUCUUAUGUACUCCAAAAGUUUUAGUUGCUGCUCUUUAG